UGUGGGACGUCAUCUCUCUCUCUCUCUCUCUCUCUAGCUCCAUCAGUGCAUCAGUGACCUGGAGUGCAGCGAGGGGAGCUACUGCCACGCCCCCUCUCAAGGCUCCGCCCACCCACGCUGUCACACCUGUCGCAGGAGGAAGAGGCGUUGCCACAGGGACGGGAUGUGUUGCCCGGGCAACCGCUGCAGCAACAACGUCUGCGUCCCCGACGAGGACGCCUUCACCUCUCAGAGGAUCCCGGACUCCUCUCAAGGGUGGAGGAAGAGAAGCAGGGCGGAGGUCAAAGGUCUGAUGGGGGACCCCUGUCUCCGCUCCGAUGACUGCUCUCGCGGUUUGUGCUGCGCCCGUCACUUCUGGACCCGCAUCUGCAAACCCGUGUUGCAGGGGGGACAGGUUUGCACGCGACACCGCCGCCGGAAGGGGACCCCCGGCCUGGAGCUGUUCCAGCGCUGCCCCUGCGGCGACGGGCUCCGCUGCCGCACGGUGCGGGACCCCGGACCCCGCUCUUCGUCUUCAAUGGCGGCGUCCUCGCGUCGCCACUCCUCGCCGCACACGUCGCCGCACACGUCGCCGCACUCCUCGCCGCACACGUCGCCGCACACGUCGCCGCACACGUCGCCGCACUCGUCGCCGCACACGUCGCCGCUGUCCUCGUCCUCGUCCUCGGUAAAGUCCUCCUCGUCUUCGAAGGCGAGACUUCACGUGUGCCAGAAAAACUGA